CGUGAAGAGGAGGAGGAGGAUGUGGCGCGCGGAGGGGAAAUGGCUGCCGAAAACAAGCCGGAAGGACUGAAGAGAAUCCGUAAUCCGGAUCGAAUGUACAGAUCAGCUGUGUGUUAUGGCGGCCAUGCUCCCCCUAAGGGUGCCAGUGAUGUCACGGAGAUGAACAAUGAACAUGGACAUUUGAAAAUAUACCUGCCCAAAAAGCUGCUUGAAUGUCUACCAAAAUGUUCCUCACUUCCCAAGGAGAGGCACCGGUGGAACACCAAUGAGGAAAUCGCAGCUUACCUAAUAACAUUUGAAAAACAUGAGGAAUGGUUAACGACAUCCCCUAAAACCAGGCCGCAGAAUGGGUCGAUGAUCCUGUACAACAGGAAGAAGGUCAAAUACAGGAAAGAUGGCUACUGCUGGAAGAAGAGGAAAGAUGGGAAGACCACACGGGAGGAUCACAUGAAGCUGAAAGUGCAGGGAGUGGAGUGUCUGUACGGCUGCUACGUCCACUCCUCCAUCAUCCCCACCUUCCACCGCAGGUGCUACUGGCUCCUUCAGAACCCAGACAUCGUGUUGGUCCAUUACCUGAACGUCCCAGCCAUCGAGGACUGCGGGAAGCCAUGCGGGCCCAUUCUCUGCUCCAUCAAUACCGACAAGAAGGAGUGGGCCAAGUGGACGAAGGAGGAGCUGAUUGGCCAGCUCAAGCCCAUGUUUCAUGGCAUCAAGUGGACUUGCAGCAAUGGGAACAGCAGCUCUGGGUUCUCUGUGGAGCAGCUGGUGCAGCAGAUUCUGGACAGCCACCAGACCAAGCCGCCUCCCCGGACCCACAACUGCCUCUGCUCUGGUACCCUGGGUGCUGGAAGCAGCAUGCACCACAAGUGUAACAGUGCUAAGCACCGUAUCAUCUCGCCCAAAGUGGACCCUCGUUCUACAGGCUACAGCAGCGCCCACUCCGAGGUCCAGAACAACGACGUGUCCGAGGGGAAGACAGAGCACAGCCACGGCAGCAGCAAGGGUGGAGCCGGGGGCGGGAGCGCCCGCGAGAAGCGCAACGGCAAGGUGCCCAAACCGGUGCUGCUGCACCAGAACAGCACCGAGGUGUCCUCCACCAACCAGGUGGAGGUACCGGACACCACCCAGAACUCGCCCGUCUCCAUCAGCAGCGGCCUGAACAGCGACCCGGACAUGGCCGACAGCCCCGUGGUGCCGGGCAUGGGCCACGUGGCCUCCGUCAUGAGCAGCCUGUCGCAGAGCGCCGCCGUCUUCAUGUCCGAGGUCACCGGCGACCCCGUCUACAGCAUGUCCCCCACCGGCGGCCCCAACGCCCACCUCAUGGGCGCCGACGCCACCUCCCAGGGCCUGGUGCUGGCCGUCACCUCCGACAGCCACAAGUUCGCCUUUCCGGGCGGGACGGGUGGGGACGGGGGCGGGGCAAGGGGCACGGAGGGGCUGGCCAUGCUGUCCGCGACAGGCGUGUCCGAGGAGCUGGUCCUCUCCAGCAGCCUGGACUCCAACACCAUCAAGCUGCCUGAGACCACCAUGAACUUUGACCCCGACUGCUUCCUCAACAACCCUAAGCAGGGCCAGACCUACGGGGGCAGCAGGCUGAAGGUGGAGGGCGGCUCCUCCAGCACCUCAUCCUCCUCGGGGGGCAGCGGGAGCAGCAACGGUGGCCUGCAGCGCUCCCCAACCCUCCCCGAGCCUGGCUACGGCUUCAGCUCCGCCCUCGUCAAGAACAUCAAGACCGAGGACACCUCCUUCGAACAGCAGCUGGCCAAAGAGAGUGGCUACCAAGUGGGGGCCGUAGUGAGCGGAAGCAAUGUCUCCGGCUCAAAUGGCGCAUCUUCAACCCAGGGCUCCCUCACCCUGACACCCACAGGUUCUCUGCUGCCCUCUGGUGGUGGGCUGAGUCCAAGCACCACCCUGGAGCAGAUGGAUUUCAGUGCCAUCGAUGCCAAGCAAGACUACUCCUCCGGUGCGGCAUCAGCAGGCUACGGCCAGCCCAUGUCCAGCCCCCAUCUGACCCAUCAAAGCCGCUCUCCCAGCUUCUUCCUCCAGGAGACGCCACAGUCCAGCCAGACCCAGCAGGGCAGACAGGGAUCUGGGCAUAAGACCCACCUGCUGGAGACCAACUCCCACGACUCCGGGGGCUACCUGGGCCUGCAGGUGGUCAAGACCGACUCUCCCAGCAGCAACGGCCACCUCCACCAUCACCACACCCACCAGGGACAGCACCAGGCCCCCAGCUGCAACGGGGGAUCGCCCACCGAGGGGUCUGGCCAGCCAGGCUCCCUCCAGCUGCUGCAGUAUCAGGGGGGUUUCCCUGGGCUAGGCCCGGAACACGAGGAGGUGGUGAGCUUGGAGCAGCCAGGCAGUGCAGGGGCUGGCCAGACAGGGGGCUCUGAGAACGGAGCAGAGAGGUUACUCAAGUCUGGGGAUCACCUCCAGGCCUGUGGGGCCAGCAGUACUGAGACAGGCGGAGAGCACUACCUGCAGCAGGCCAAUGACAGCGGAGGGGGUGGAGGAGGAGGAGGCGCAGGGGAGGGCACGGCUCUACACAAUGGGAACGCCUCCAACGGCGCUAACAGCAGCUCCCAGCAGCAGCUCCAACCCCUCCUACAAGGGGCGGGGCUGGUGCAAGGGCUCUACAACACGGUUGGAGCCCACCAGGGACUGGGUGGGGCUGGCAGUGGAGCUGGGGCCAGCGGGGGAGGCAUGGAGAUUAGCCUGGACCACUUUGACAUCUCCUUUGGGAAUCAGUUCUCUGACCUCAUCAAUGACUUCAUCUCUGUGGACGGGGGAGGGGCCACCGUGGGGCCAGGCGGGGCCCUCUACACACACCAGUUGGUGGCCACGCCCGGAGCAGAGGGGCAGGCUUCGUCCAGUGGAGGGGGCCCUCAGCAGAGCCAGGAGGAGGGGGGGGUACAGGCAGAGGCAGGAUACAGCCCCUCCGAGCUCUGCCUGCAGCCCUGCUGCAGUCCCCAGUCUCUGGCCGGAGGGACGGGCACUGCUGGGACAUCUGGCGAGACAGGCUCGCUGGCCUACAUGCACGUGGCAGAGGUGGUGUCUGCAGCAGUGGCACAGGGAACUCUGGGAAUGAUCCAGGCCACAGGGAGGCUCUUCAUGGUGACAGACUACUCCCCCGAGUGGUCAUACCCUGAGGGCGGGGUGAAGGUGCUGAUCACAGGCCCCUGGCAGGAGGCCAGCAGUAACUACAGCUGCCUGUUUGACCAGAUCUCCGUUCCCGCCUCUCUGAUCCAGCCCGGUGUGCUGCGCUGCUACUGCCCAGCCCAUGACACAGGUCUGGUGACCCUGCAGGUGGCUGUCAGUAGCCAGAUCAUCUCCAGCUCGGUGGUGUUUGAGUACAAGGCCCGGGCCCUUCCCUCCCUGCCCUCCUCCCAGCACGACUGGCUCUCUCUGGAUGAUAACCAGUUCAGAAUGUCCAUCUUGGAGAGGCUGGAGCAGAUGGAGCGCAGGAUGGCGGAGAUGGCUGGCCACCACCAGCAGGGAGGCGGAGGAGCUGCUGGAGCUGGGGGAGGUGGAGGAGGAGGUGGAGGAGGAGGCGGAGGAGGCACUGGGGGCAACAGCACCCAGUCACAGUGUGUGACAGUGCAGGGUCAGGCUGGGAGCUCCUUCGAGAGCCGUGUGGUGGUGGUAUGUGAGAAGAUGAUGAACCGCCCUUGCUGGGCCAAGUCCAAACACCUCAUCCACUCCAAGACCUUCCGAGGCAUGACCCUGUUACACCUGGCUGCUGGACAGGGCUACGCCACCCUCAUCCAGACCCUCAUCAAGUGGCGCACAAAACACGCUGACAGCAUUGACUUGGAGCUGGAGGUGGACCCUCUGAAUGUGGACCAUUUCUCCUGCACCCCACUGAUGUGGGCAUGUGCGCUUGGCCACCUGGAAGCAGCAGUGGUUCUGUACAAGUGGGACCGGCGGGCUCUAGCCAUCCCGGACUCCCUGGGUCGCCUGCCCCUGUCCAUCGCCCGCUCUCGCGGCCAUACCAAGCUAGCCGAGUGCCUGGAGCAGCUGCAGAGAGAGGAGCAGCAGCCCCCAACCUCGCUGGCCCCCACCCCCCGCAUGUCUUUCUCCCCGGCCCCUGACGCCCCCUCCUCCGACAGCUGGAUGGUCACAUGGGCCAGCGAUAGCGUGAUGGAGUCCUCUGGGCAGAAGGGCUCCACUGCCGGCACCACCACCAACCUGAAUCCUGACUUAAGGAGACCCAGGUCAGAGCCCUCCAGCUACUACAGCAGUGAGUCCCAGCGGGACCUCCCCCUGGCCAAGAAACACAAGCCCAACCCAGAGCUGUUCCGGCCUGACAAGGCUAUGUCAGUGCCCCUUAGCAUGGAGCAGCAGCAGCUUCACGCCCUGUCCGGCAGUCCCAAGACCCCACUGACUGAGACCCUCAGCCCUGACAAGAGCCUGGAGGAGGGGGUGUCCCAGUCCAAGCUGGGAGCAUAUAGCCUGGGUGGGGGUGGCAGUGGGGGAACCAAGUGGGGCUCCAGGGAGCAGUACCCAGCAGGCAGCUCGGGCAGGAAGGGCACGGGAGGUGGGGGCAGCCUGGGCAAGGAGAAGCUGGCCACUCGGCUGCGACAGAGAGAGCCGCUGGAGGUGCUAAUGAUGUCUGAUCGAGAAAUGCUCUUCUCCUACCGGGAGGACCUGGAGAACCAGGACUGCCUGACACACAUGGACGACCUGCAGGUAAACAUGAUGACCCUGGCAGAGCACAUCAUCGAGGCCACGCCCGAGCGCAUCAAGCGGGAGAACCUCGUCACCGUGGAGACGGUGCCUCUGGACAGCACAAGGGUCAGUAACACCAUGAGCUGGCUGGCCAGUUACCUGGGAGAUGUGGAGCAGCACAGCAUCAUCCACCUACGGUCCUUAUAUGGCGAGCCCCUGACGCCCUCCUCAACCCCCAGUCUCAGCCCGGGUGGGUCUCCUCUGCACGAGGGGCCCUUGGACAAGCCCGCCCUGCCCUCCCCGGCAGACUGGAGCGACUUCCUCAGCGCCUCGAACAGCCGGGUGGAGCGAGACCUGGCCCAGCUGACCCUGUCAGACCCGGAGCAGCGGGAGCUGUACGAAGCCGCCCGGCUGGUGCAGGCCGCCUUCCGCAAGUGCAAGGGACGCCCGCUGCCAGAACAACAGGAAGUAGCAGCUGCCGUCAUUCAGCGCUGUUACAGGAAGUACAAACAGCUGACAUGGAUAGCCUUGAAGUAUGCACUUUACAAGAAGAUGACGCAGGCCGCCAUCCUUAUCCAGAGUAAAUUCCGCAGCUACCACGAGCAGAAGAAGUUCCAGCAGAGCCGGCGGGCGGCCGUGCUGAUCCAGCAAUACUACCGCAGCUACAAGGAGUGCGGCAGGCUGAGGCCCCACCGCCGGGCCGCCACCGCUGCGCUGGUGCAACACAAACUCAGAAGUAGUCUGCUCACUAAGAAGCAGGACCAGGCCGCCCGCAAAAUCAUGAGGUUCCUGCGCCGCUGUCGCCACAGCCCCUUGAUGGACCAUAGACUGUUCAAGCGGGUGAGUGCAGCCUUAGCAGCUGAAGUGAAAGAAUUGAAAAAGGCCAAGGAACAUGAGAGCGUUCAGAGGAGUCUCCUCACAAUGUGACAUCACUCUCCAGACUCUUAUUUUUUUCUUUUUUUUCUGUUUGUACCAGAGACAUUUUACAAGAGAAAAAAAAUUCCCCCACUUCCUCCCCCAGAAAAAAGAGAAUUCACUGAAAACUGCAAUUACUAUUGCUACAGCACUAAAAAAACUGAUUCUACUUCUGCUACUACAUGUACAACAGCAUUUUUCUUUUGUAUUCCUUUUUUUCCUUUUCUCUUUCAUUACGGGGGAGGCUGGCAAAGUCUGUGGAAUCCAAACUGUCGGGGAGACUAUAAUGUGGGGGGAAAAGAACAUUUGCUUCAUGGCAUUCUUUGCACUUUUUCAUGGAUUUUUUUUCUUUUUGGGGGGAGCAUAAAAACUGUGAAAAAGGGAAAAACACUGGAUCAAGAAAAGAAGAGGAAUUAAGGUCAAAGGUCAAAUAUGGAAUCAGUGCAUGAACAUGUUGGGACCUGCUUUUAAUUAUAUUUAUUUUAUUUAUUUAAAUUUUUUUUUUUGCAAAAAAAUAAGACUAAUUCAUUUCAGAGAAAAAAAAAACAUUAACCAAAAAUUUGCUUGAAACACAUCUAACCACUUACACACACUCCGAUACAUUGCCAGGUAAAUCAUUGUCAGAAAUCUCUCCUGUGAAGCUGCCCUCUACCCCAACAUUAAGCUUUCAAGGGGUGGGGCUACCUAUGAAUGUAGGACAGGUGUGUGAACAGAAUAUGGGUGUGGUUUAAGAACAAUUCUCGUUUUGGAAUUUUUUUCACGGAAGGAUGAUGUCAAGUG